CGACUUGAGGAGGGUCGUCGACAAGGUCGAAGGGUGGGAGAGCGAGAGGAUGAGGGCGACGCUUGAGCGGGACCAGAUGCGCCGCCUGUCGACCCUCCAGCCCGAGCUGGACUUUGUCUCCUCGAUCGCCGACAAGAACGCCCUCCGCGACUCGCUCGCAGCGCAGGUGCAGGAGGAGGUGCAGGAGAUCCACGCCGAGAUCGCCGAGCUGAGCGCAGCAGAGGCGGACGACGAGCAGGGAGCGGCGCAAUGAGCGAGUCUUCUCUCGGC